GCAACGGCUGGCGGCGGCAAGAUGGCGGAUGACUUGGACCAGUUGCUGGAUGAAGUGGAGAGGCGGCUCUGCCGCCUGCCGGGCAGCGAGGCGGCGGGCGGCCACCGGCACGGCGGCGGCGAGGAGGCAGCGGCGGCAGCGAAGGAGGGCAGAUCACCUGAACUGUUUCUGAGUGCUGACAGCAGUGAAGAAGAUCUAGACGACAUUAUUGAUGAAAUCUGUAAUGACAGCAGCUUUACCAAAACACCUCUAAAAUUGAAGUCUAACUCUGCAAGUAUCACACCUGAAAGAAAUAGUGCUGUUAUAGAGGCUCAUAGGAAGAGAUGCUUUCCUGUGUACCUGGGUGGAAGCUUUUCACCACAUGGCAUAGGGACAAAUAUUUCAAAAAGAACAUGUGAUCAACUACGUUGUACUGCUUGUGACUUCCGCGUAUCGCUCUUCAAUGACUACAUCUGGGAUCAGUCCUGUGAUUAUCUUUUUUUCAGGAAUAACAUGCCUGAGCUCAGUAAACUGAGAGCGAAGAUGAUAAAGAAGAAGGGAGCACGAGCAUAUGCUUGUCAGUGCAGCUGGAGAUCCAUUGAUGAGUUAACUGACCUCCAAACAGACCAGCAGCUUCGGUGGGUUUGUGGUAAACAUGCAGAAUAAAGUCCACUCGUGUGUGGUACCUACUUGUGUGGAGACAGGUCUUAAACUCCAUUUGUUUCCUACAGUUUUCUGAGACAGAUGGAAACCUGAAUACUUAUAUCUAGUAAUAGCUUAUAACACCCAACCUUUCAACCUGAAAACCUUUUUCUUUUCAAUGUAAUUACAAACAAUGUGGAGAGUUGAAUUAUUAGAAGAAACAACCAAUUUGGAGGCUUUCUGGAAGUUAAAGAAGGUUAAAACUCAUACUCAGUGUUAAAGAAAAGAAGAGGAAAUUGACAUAGGAACAGGGCAAAGAACCUUGAGACUGUUGCUUGAAUCUAGCAGAGAGCCUUAUUUCCCAUGUCUGUAGAAUCUUGGACUCAAAAUGGUGGGUUGGGAUGCAGCCAUGACACACAAGCAUAUGACUUUCUUCACAGAAAUGCAUACUGCUGUUCUGCUUUGCUCAUAGCUGUUAACGAGCAAGUGGUUGUAGACCUCUUAAAAAUAUACUGCAAGAUCAGCUCUCACCUUGAAGGUUUCAGCACACUCCAAAACUUCAGUUUCUUUUAGUCACCAGUAGCCAAAAUCUGCAAGUCCUAGAAAUUUCCUUCCAGUUCCUACCGAUUUCUUCCAAGCGCUUUCUGCUGACUAAGGACUUUUACCACCAUGAAUUUCUUGGACUUCUCUUCAACCUUUACUGCAAGAGGUGGACAAGUUAUGGUGCAAUUAUUAAAUAUUGUAUGAUUUUAAAGAUAUUCUGAAAAGUAUAUGGUUCUUCUGUCGGUAUUUUCAAGGAAAAAAAGUCUCAGGCUUUUGAGAGUGAGAAGAUACAUGUCCCUCCUGACGUUCAAAUUUGGAUUGCUUUCAGUUUCCCUUAGCUCUCACUUCAGCUUCACUUCAAAAUACUGCAUGUUCAGAAAGUGAAGCUGUCCUGUUACAGCACACUGCCUUCCCACAGUAACACUUUUACUUGGUGAACUGUCUUGAUUACAGUUAAUGUCACUGUAACUUAUGAGCUCUUUCUUUUCAUUAUGCAUAAAUAAAACAGGAGGUGGAUUUGGGUUUUGGGCAGGCAGAGAGCAAGGAAAGGAUUACCAGUCCUGGCAAUUACUACAUAGAAAAGUGUCUCAAAAUGGGAAUACUGUCAGUAUUUUGCUAUGCAAUAUGUGAUACUGUACAGAUAGAUUCAAAAUUGCUUUGUGCAGUUCUAGCUGUACAGAGCCAUUUCUUUUGUGGGAGGUGUGUGUGUGUGUGUGUGUGUGUGUUAAGUUUUGCUCAUGGCCCUAAUCUGCACAUUUGAUCUUUUUUUGAGCCCAUUUGAAACUUGAUGACAAAGUAGCCCCACAGGAUUCUCUUUUGGCCUGGAUUGCGCUGGAACUUGUGCCACAAUGUAGGGAGCUUGUUGGGCUUGCAACUUCUGAGCAGGAAAUGGGGAAAAUCCUAACACCCAUCUCAGUUUAUGAAACCAGGUCUUAUGUGACUUGGAAAAGGAGCAUGUCUCCAGUACCCUGGUUUAAACAAACCAGCAGAAAUAGUCACCCUGUCUGAAACCAUUUGCACUACCAAGUGUGUGGAGCAGAUAAUGUGGAAACAGAAGUUCAGGACAUCCGUGCUAGUGAUUUUUAUGACAGGACUACAGUCUGCAAAAGUGGAGGCCAGGAAGAAACUGAGAGAAAAGGACUGAGAGUGUAGGAGAAGUAAAAAAGGAUUAACACCAAUAUCUAUUGACAACAUUAAUCAGCAUUUCUCCUGAAUAUUCAGCAGUCUCCUGUUAGCCUGGAGAACUGGGGAGAGAGGGUUUUUUUUAGGGUAGAGAUUGUUGUCAGGUGAUUGUAUCAGUAACACCAUUAAGUCUGCACUCCAAACACUGAAAACUUUAGAAGAUAAUCUUUAUUGGUAAAUGUAUGUGGGAACCUGAGUAUUCUGCUGAAAUAAUCAUGUUUAUUCAAGUGUAGAUACUUGUUUCUGGCCUUGGUCAGAAUGGUGGGAUAUGAUGGCUCUUUGUCCAAAUGAAGUUUAAACAGGUGCAGGAAUGGUGCUUAUUAUAUUGGUUUUCAUUACAGAAUCUAGCCUAUUUCUAGAUAUGAAAAUAGUUACUAUGUCAUUAAAUAAAACUGUUUUUGUUGGAAA